AGCAAUCGCCGACUAUCCCACCCUUUUCCGUUCGUCUUCUCCCUCUUCUCUGCAACCAAUGAACAAAACCGCCAUGAGCUCACCGGAGACAGGCAACAUUCCGGUCGAGGUGACCUCCAUACUUGAUUAUCUUGUAGCUUACCACUCCGAUCAGCUCCGCUCCAUUGCGCUCUCACCGGACCUUAAGUUCCACUAUCCUCUCUUUAUCGAGUUUGCGGAGCUUUUGGAUGCCGAUCCUGCACUUGCCCACAACGUCUACUACAAACCUGAUAAAUACUUUAGAUUCUUCGAUUAUGCCGCUGUUUUAGCUCAGAUUUUGCCUAUAAAUAGCAAUGUUCUCACCAUUGUAGGUCUUGCCAACCUAAGUGGUGAACCUGACAAUCGAAUUCAUCGUAGUGGGAUUCUAAAUCUCGCCAAAAUCGGUGUUUCGGUAUCGGCUCCUACACCAUUUGGAAAAGUUCAUCGUCGACAAUGUCCCCAACAAAAUGCUGCUCCCAAAUCCACUGACUUUGGCAUCAAAAUCGAUAUUCCAGAUUUUGAAGGUCGCCUUCAACCAGAUGAAUUUAUCAACUGGUUGCACACUGUGGAACGUGUGUUUGAACUCAAGAAUAUUCCUAACAACAAACUUGUGAAGCUCGUCACCAUCAAAUUAAAGAAACAUGCAUCCAUUUGGUGGGAGAAUCUCAAACGCAGUCGAGAAAGAGAAGGCCGCAACAAAAUUAGAACUUGGGAGAAAAUGCGUCGGGAGUUCACUCAUAAGUUCUUACCUGACCGUUACUACCAAGAUAAUUUUGUUAAAUUUCAUAACUUGCAGCAAAAAUCUUUGACUGUGGAAGAAUAUACUAUGGAGUUUGAACAAUUAAUGAUGAAUUGUGAUGUUCGAGAAAAAGAAGAGCAAACCAUAGCAAGAUAUCUUGGAGGAUUAGACAAUGACAUUUCCAAAAUUCAUGAAGUCUUAGAUGGUGAAGCAGAAAAGGAGAUUAGUGAUGAGAUUAAGCCACAACUUGAGGAAGAACUCAUCGCAGCUGACCAUGGAGAAUCUUUGGUUGUGCGUCGAAGUCCUCAUGAUACCAUAACCAAGGAUGAAGAUUGGCUCCGACAUAACAUCUUUCACACCAGAUGUACUUCUCGGGAGAAAGUUUGCAACGUCAUCAUUGACAGUGGAAGUAGUGAGAAUGUUGUGUCUAGUUAUAUGGUUGAGAAGCUAGGACUGCCAGUCAAAGAUCUUUCCCAUCCAUACAAGUUACAAUGGCUACGAAAGGGAAACGAGGUAAAAGUAACCAAACGUUGCCUUGUCUCUUUUUCUAUUGGUAACAGGUACCAAGACGAAGUAUGGUGUGAUGUUAUCCCCAUGGAUGCUUGUCACUUUUUACUUGGUCGCCCUUGGCAAUUUGACCGAAAGGCUAUCCAUGACGGCCAUGCCAACACCUACUCGUUUGUGAAAGAUGGUGUGAAGGUCAAGCUCACUCCCGUGAAGCCUGAAGAAACACUCGAAAAGAAGGAUGCGAACAAGGCCUUAAUCUCUAGAUUAACCUUUCAGAAGUUGCAUCAAGAAUUGAGGAUAGCUUGUCUCUUGCUAUUAUCUAAAGUGAAUAAUGCCACUUCCCCUUUUCCAGAGGAAAUUCGAUCUCUCCUUGAAGAAUUUUCCAAUGUUGUUCCUGAUGAGACCCCUCAUGGAUUACCGUGAACUCAACGAAGCAAGGAUUCUAACAUGGUUGUGCCUACAAAACCAGACUUCCAGAACUGCUUGAAUUCUGAGAAUCCGGAAAGUUAUUGCAGUUAUAUGGGGGAACUUACUAGGAGAGUAUGCAGAGGUGUAAAACUUAAUUAGUGUUUAGGUUUCGUUUGGAAUUAUGUAGUUAUUUAUCGUAAAUGCUUUAGAUUUGCCUCUGUAGUUGUUAGUGUAAUGAGAGUUCUGAGGCUAUUUCUGGAAUUAUAUUAAUAUUUUGUGUUUUUCUUUAAAAUCAAGAUUUUUUUAACUU